GUCACAUGCAAAACCGCGACUGCAAGCAAUUAAAGAUGAACACACGUUUUGUGUACAACUACAUCAUCGUUUUCGUCCUUCCUUGGGCCUUGGAAGCAUUCCCGACCCCCUCGGUGGACUGCGAGAGCCUACCACAGGCGAGCUACCCAUUCUGCGACCCAAACCUGAGCCCGGAAGAAAGAGCCACCGACCUCGUCUCGAGGCUGACUCAAGAGGAGCUUGUUGGCCAGACGUCUUCCAUUGCCGCUGCCAUCACACGCCUCGGCAUCAAUGCUUAUAACUGGAGGUCCAAUUGUCUACACGGCUGGGCGUUAUCUGGCGGACCCGACUGGCUUGGUUACACGUGGACUGUGUUCCCAGUCCCCAUAGGACUCGCGGCGACUUUUGACCGCAAUCUCAUCCUCCAAGUCGCUCAGGUAACGUCAACUGAGGGUAGGGCCCUUCACAAUGAGGUAAUGUCGCAUUAUAAUGGAGCAAGCCAGGAAGCCAGUGGACUAAACUGCUUCUCACCGAACGUCAACCUUCUCCGUGAUCCUCGAUGGGGAAGAGCCUCGGAGACCUUUGGCGAGGAUCCAUAUCUAAUCUCUCAGCUAAGUGUUGCCUAUACUAAGGGGAUACAGGAGGGAAGUGAUCCAACAUACGUGAAGGUGGCCGCAUGCCCCAAGCACUACGCCGUGCACAGUGGCCCAGAUCAACUCCGAAGCGUUUUCACGGCUAACGUCACGCUGCACGAUCUCUACGAUACCUAUCUCCCAGCAUUCAAAUCGCAAGUAGUGGGUGGAAAAGCAAUGCAAAUCAUGCCAGCUUACAGCGGAGUGAGAUGCAAGGGCGAACCAGACGGGGCGCCGGAUGCUGCAAAUCCAUUCCUAUUGCAAACGGUCCUGCGUGAAGAGUUUGGAGGGGCGAAUAUAUCUGUCUGUUCUGAUAAUGGUGGUGUAGCAGAGGUAUACAGUACACACCACUUUGCUGCGUCUUUGGAAGAAGCGGCUGCUCUUUGCAUGAAUGCCAGCACUGACCUUGAUCUUGGGGGUGAUAAAGUGUACCCUAAAUACCUUCCUUUGGCUAUUAAGGACAGCCUCGUCAAUAUAGACACCAUCAGACAGGCAGUUUGGAGAAGUUUCUACUUGAGAAUCAGAGUGGGGGAUUUUGAUCCAGUGUCACUGGUACCGUAUCAGUGGAUCAAUGCCAGUCAGCUCAACACUCCCGAGAGUCAGGCUAUCAAUCUAAAAGUUGCACUCGAGUCGAUUGUACUUCUCAAAAACUCCGGACAUCUUCCUUUAAACAUUGCUGAAGCCAAAAACAUAGCUGUUAUCGGACCAAAUGCAAACUCCUCGGCUGUUUUAAUCUCAGAUUAUGAAGGCAUUCCGGCGUUCGUAACCACCGUUUACGACGGCAUAAAGAACACGGGGAUAGCAGCAGAAUAUGCACCGGGAUGCUCGGACGUGACUUGCAGUAAUCAAAAGGGCUUUGAUGAUGUCCUCAAGAUUGUGCGGGAUGCUGACUAUGUCGUAGCAGUAAUGGGGCUGGACGGAAGUGUGGAAGGCGAGGGACAUGACAGAGCACACACAACCUGCGACUCUGAACCAAUAGACAACAUAGCGCUCCCUGGGUGCCAAACUGCACUCAUCGAGGCAGUAACGUCCAUCAACCCUAGAGUGAUCCUUGUUUUCCUAAACGGAGGACCAGUCAGCAUCCCUAACCUGUAUGAGAACAAGGGAGUCUUGGCUGUGAUUGAAGCCUUCUAUCCUGGUCCACUCGGGGGGACAGCAGUGGCUGAUGUAAUAUUUGGUAAAUAUAACCCCGGCGGGAAAUUACCCAUUACAAUUUUCAACAGCACCAAUGAUGUACCUGUUGCUACGGACUACAAUAUGACCACGCCUCCCGGGAGAACCUAUCGUUACUACACUGGAAGGCCUCUGUUCCCGUUUGGUUACGGACUCUCGUACACAAGUUUCAAGUAUUCCCAACUAGUCUUGUCGGUAAACAGUAUUGAAGUCUGCAGCUCCGUAAACGUGAAGGUGUCUGUUCAGAACGUUGGGGACGUUCAAGGAGAUGAAGUCAUUCAAAUUUACGUGGAGCCUCCGAGAAUAUCAGGAAAACCGUUUAUACCCAACACACAGCUGGUUGGCUUUGAGCGCGUCGGUCUUGCUCCGUCUGCAAGCCAUACAGGGAAUUAUGAGGUGAAUGCCUACUCUCUGUCCCUGGUGGACGAGGACGGGGAACACUAUGUGUUUCCAGGCCAGUACACAGUUGUCGCCACUGGAGGUGUUGGAGACAGACUGACUGCCUCCUUCUCCAUAACAGGACCAAUCACUAAUGUCAAGGACUUUCUUGCCAGUGUUCAGUCAUACACUCAUUCGCUCCUUCCCACACAAGACCACAGAGAGCCGCCCAUAUCUAAACUCUCAAGAUGUCUCAAACACAACGAUACUCAAAUAUCUGAGAGACUAGCGGAAUUUUGCACUCGGUAUGAAGUAACCCCCAAGGCAGAGACAGUCACGUCUCAUGUUCUCCUGGGAUUCUACAGCUAUUUUCUCUCAGUCAGCCCUUCCCUUAACUUCGCAGAUGAACGGAAGUCAAAAAUUGUGUUUCAAGAAGAAAACUAUACUUUUCGAGGAUUCAUCCUUGUAUCAGAGCAGAAGCUACAACAGGUACCACCACUCAGUGUUUGGCAGCGUGGGUGCAACUACACAGUCACUGUUGAGCCACUUGAAGAAGCUGUUUUGGAAUUCACUAAACUACAAGCUCUGCUGUUCGAAGAAUACUUGUUUAAUGACCUCUUGCAACUCUUUGACUUUACUCAUGUACUAAAGGGUCUCGACGCUAGUAUGUUGUUCAUCCCAAAAUUUUCCAAAGAGGGUGGACAGGUUCUUGCUAUGAGCUCCGUUCUUCGGUGGUUGAUGGCAGUGAGGAUACCAUUACCACCAUACCUUGAGACGCAGCUGAAGGGAAACACUGAGAGUGACACCAGUAAGAUGACCAGUGGAUUGAUCGUCACCAACCCACAUUUGCGCCCGUCAAGUAUUAGAGUGGACAGAUUGGAGUGGUCACGGCAAAGAAACGGCAAGGGACGACCCAAUAUCAUCCAUUUCUCGUCCGUUUUCAAUGAGGACCAUAAGGCUGGACAUGAUGUAGAAGAGCUUUUCAGAGCUUCUAGCAAGGAGUUAAUGCUCAGCAUUAGUACAGAGAAUUUUAUUUUGACAGGCCUCUAUACGGAUAUCGUUGAGGAUGCUCUGUUUCUUCCACUGAUGCUAAACCACAUUCUCUACCACAAGUCGUUGCUAAAACUCGAGAAAAAGUUGAACUAUUCGUUUCGAGACAGGCAGCUUCUUGAGAGAGCACUCACGGAACCCUCUUACUCACAGUUGUACACAGUAUUGGCCGAGCAGGUGAAGGUGACAGCAUCAAACUGUGGGAUCAGAAGACCGCUGGUCAGGGCAGGCAAGAGUGUAAAAUCUGAAACAAACGUUCAGGACCUCAACCAGAGAUUGAAAGACUGCGGCAAAACGAACACAGAAAAGCUCGAAAUACGCAAGUAUCUACUUGCCAGAGAUGCAGUGCACUCUGCGAGUGAAAAGCAGAGAGAUUUGUUGGAUAAGAACCCACAGCCCUCUGAUUCUGCCACUGAAGAGCCGUCAGCUACGUCUCUGGAUGCUGAUGCUCAUAUGUAUGCCAAUCAUCUGGAAGCAAUAUUGGGAGCUGUUUAUCUAGACGGUGGUCUGAGUGCCACCCAACAGCUCAUUGCCCAACUAUUCUUCCCUGAAAGAGAUCACCCUGCUGGGGACCGGCAUAUGAUACCUCAUUCUCCCAUACUACAAAAACUGGUGCAUUUGGAAGAAUCAACAGGAGUCGAAUUCAGGCACAUUCGCCUACUGGCAAAAGCAUUCACGCAUUCCUCCAUGCAAUACAGUCAUCUCGUCGGAGGGAACUACGAGAAGUUGGAGCACCUUGGAGACGCCGUAUUGCAGUUUCUGGUCUCUGAUUACCUGUAUCGCAAAUUCCCAACAUUCCACGAAGGACAAUUCUCUCUGCUGCGGGCCAGUCUAGUACAGAACAAGCAACUCGCUCAACUCUGUAAAGAACUUGGCUUUGAUCAAUACAUUCGUUAUGAGGGUACCGAAGUUGGGACGAAGAUUUUAGCUGAUGUGGUGGAAUCUUACGUAGCUGCACUUCUGUUAGACAUGGGUCUCGAUUAUUGCCAGAAAUUCCUCCAAACUCAAGUAGUCGGACAGCCGCCACCACCCUCAGGCACCCCAGCCGAUCCAACUGACCCUACAAUUUCCGGAUUACCGCAAGCUCCGAUACCUUACGACCCGUAUUACUACCCCUUCACCAAUCCCUACUACAAUCCAUACGAUCCUUAUCAGACGUGGCCUGAUCCACUGUGUACUGGUCCUCCUGGUCACCCGGGGCCUCAAGGUCCACGUGGACACCCUGGCCCAGCUGGACGCCCUGGGAGAAGUGGAUUCCCAGGAGAGAAAGGUCGUAGUGGAAGACCAGGGCCCGUUGGACAUGACGGGAUGGCAGGUGGUAAGGGUGUAUCUGGUUAUCCGGGCCCUCCAGGGCACCCAGGACUGCCUGGCGACCAAGGAAGAAAAGGAGAAGAGGGCGAAGAAGGGUCACAAGGACACACGGGAGCAAGUGGUAGACAGGGACCACAGGCACUCCCUGGAGCUAGAGGACCACCAGGUCACAAAGGAGUAAAGGGAGCCAGGGGGAUGAAAGGGCGGCAAAGUGAUCGCGGGCCCAAUGGAGAUCCAGGAAGGAAAGGUGAACCGGGGACGCCUGGAAUAGGUGGUUUCAAGGGACUCGUUGGACUUAUUGGAUCGCCUGGUGUGCAUGGAAAGGAAGGACCCAUGGGUUAUACUGGUCCACAAGGACCACCUGGAACUGCCGGUGGUCAAGGCCCCAGGGGACCUGAGGGGCCAAAAGGAAGAUCUGGACCAAUCGGACCUCCGGGUAGACCAGGAGUACCAGGAAGAAUAGGAGAGCCUGGCCCGGAUGGAGAAAUUGGUCCACCAGGACCUCGUGGCCACACAGGCCUCACGGGAAGCAAAGGCCCAAAAGGAAGACAAGGGCCAGUUGGUAGGGAAGGAGAAAUGGGACUAAAGGGAGUUAUGGGACAUCCAGGACCACGGGGAGAGAAAGGAGAAAGGGGAAGAACUGGUGAUGGCGGCACAAAGGGACGCAAGGGAGAACUAGGCUACCCUGGCUUUCCAGGUAUACAAGGAGAUCCAGGACUUGAUGGAGAUCCUGGACGCCCGGGAUCACCAGGAGACAUGGGUCCACCUGGAGAUGACGGCUUUCCUGGACCAAUGGUUAAUACAAACACUACUUGGUUCAUGAGCUGUGUGAGCCGUAUAUCUAUCAUUGUAUGGACAGGGUCCAGUAGGGCUUUACCGGGGAUCCUGGUCCAGACGGACGACCUGGACCUAUGGGUCUUGAUGGGGAGCCAGGUGUUGCAGGCCAUCCAGGAGAGCCUGGGCCCAAGGCAAGGUCUGCCUGGAUUUUCAGGACCUCCGGGAAAGCCUGGUGCUCCUGGAAUUAAGGGAGAGAUUGGGCUGAAUGGAAUCCCCGGUUCGCCAGGCAGAAAGGGACCACCCGGACCACUUGGUCAUCAAGGACGAAAAGGAAGCAUUGGACCAAAAGGGUUUAGAGGUGUUCCAGGGCCUACAGGUGCACCAGGAGUAAAGGGUUACAGAGGAUCGGUAGGAAUCCCAGGACACACUGGAGAAAAGGGGCCACUAGGUUCUCCUGGUCACGAUGGAGAGAACGGUCUGCCAGGCCCUCCAGGUAUGAAGGGUGGCAGAGGGAUAUCUGGACCGCAGGGUAUUAUCGGACCACUAGGGCCAAAAGGACAAAAAGGGACCCAAGGUCCCAAGGGUCACAAAGGAGAACCAGGGAACAAGGGCCUGCAAGGAGCAACUGGUAUACCUGGUACUACAGGUGUGAUGGGAGGCAAAGGGGUGAAGGGGGAUCCCGGAUUUCGUGGGGAGAGGGGGAAGAAAGGAGAUCUCGGGGAACGUGGAAUACCAGGAAAUCCUGGGCCCAACGGUGCACCUGGUGCUGAUGGUGCCCCUGGAUUAAUGGGCCCAAAAGGAGUGCUGGGACCGCCUGGUAAUAGAGGACGUCCAGGGCAUGAUGGAAGAGCAGGAUUAGUGGGGACUAAAGGUGAAAAGGGAGCUCCUGCUGCUGACGGAGCUCCUGGUAGAACUGGGCCAAAAGGACUGCCUGGAUUCAAGGGAAAGUCUGCUACCACUGGUCCACAAGGUCCAAAAGGAGAGCUUGGUCCGCAAGGGAAUAAAGGAGAGAAAGCGAGGAAGGGUGAGGAUGGCUUAAACGGUGGCCGCGGGCCAAAGGGAAAACCAGGAAGACCGGGAGUGAAAGGUGUGAGGGGAUUCCCGGGACCAAAAGGAAGGAGAGGAGAUAUGGGUGAUCGAGGAAUCCUCGGGUUGGAUGGAACAGCUGGAACUGAUGGACUACCAGGAGCCAAAGGCAAAACUGGAGAAGAGGGAGAAAGAGGCGACAAAGGAGACAAAGGUUUAUCUGGUCACAAAGGAAAGAAAGGACUGGCAGGUCCUAAGGGAUUCGAGGGAAGCAAGGGAGAGCAGGGUCCCAUUGGCUUGGCAGGAAUUAAGGGCACAACGGGCAUUACUGGACUGAGAGGGGACGAUGGCGAUCAUGGACGACAUGGAAUGCCGGGAGUACCAGGGCCCGCUGGACGACAGGGUCCUCCUGGAGGUGUCGGAAUAAAGGGUGUAAACGGCGCCACAGGUGAUACAGGCGAACGUGGUUAUAAAGGAGUGGAGGGGCCGCCGGGGGAGCCAGGGGUUCAGGGAUUCGAGGGCCCCCAGGGAAGACGGGGUCCAACCAGUGACAGGGGACCAAAGGGUUACCCGGGGGAAGACGGAGACGGGGGAUCUCCCGGACCAAAGGGGGGCAGAGGACUGAAAGGUUUCAAAGGCGGAAAGGGACUGAUUGGACCGCCCGGGCUACCAUCACCAAAAGGGCAGAAAGGGAAGAAAGGACCCCCAGGACCAAUUGGACCUAUUGGGCGACAAGGAGGCCACGGAAAUCCAGGUCUGCAAGGUUUGUCGGGGCUGAAUGGACCGCCGGGGAUGCCAGGAUUUCCAGGCCUGGAAGGUGAUCACGGUGAACAAGGGGGCAAAGGUGUUCGUGGACCACCAGGACCCCCUGGUCGAAGGGGCACCCAAGGAGCUCACGGACAGAAGGGGAAAAGGGGCUCGCGUGGAGCUCCAGGUCUUCGUGGAGAUCUCGGAGAUUUCGGCGUUGGGGGGAGAAUGGGUUUUCCUGGGAAUCGUGGGUACAUGGGACAGACUGGAUAUGUGGGCCGGCCUGGGAGACCAGGAAACGAUGGGCUCGACGGAUAUCCUGGCUUUCAGGGCAACCCUGGCUACAAAGGCCUAAAGGGAUACAGGGCUGCUAAAGGACAGACCGGGCCAAAAGGACCAAAGGGACCACCUGGACAAGUCAAACAUCACUAUAUCUCUGAUCUGGCAUCUGAACAUAUCUAUGAACCUGGCAGACUUCCUCUACCGUCCCUCGACAAGAUGAUAAAAGAACUGGUGUUCAGUGAGAGUGGACGAGAGACAUCAGUGACAGUGCCACGCUGCCUCAUGAUGCUGGACUCCCCGUCAGCUGGUCUGGAGAGAAGACUUCCAGCCCACAGCUGCCAGCAUGUCUGUCUUCACCACACCAACUCCACCGCUGGGCUCUACUGGAUCGACCCAAACCUGGGAUGCUCGUCUGAUGCCGUCCAAGUCUUCUGCAACUGCUCCUCGAGACAAACCUGCGUUCUGCCCAACACCACUGUAACACUGGAUGUCCCAUGGUCACUGAAGAGACAACUAAGCACAGUUCAGUUAGACACCACUCUUUCGUCAAUCCAACUCUAUCAGGUUCACUAUUCAGUAGAUCGAGUACAGUUCAAACAGUUGCAGUUGAUGAGUUCAAAAGCCUCCCAGACAGUGGUACACCGGUACUACCUGAAGAGACAGCUAGUCCCCCAGGCUCUAAUUUUUGACGGAGGAGGUGGCGAGGUACCGGGUGUACUGGUGAGAGAGUUUGGUGGUAGGUUGAGACAGCUCAGAGUGACAGAGUUACGAGGCCACAAAAACUGUCCGAUCUUCUUUGAACAGCCGCCUGAGCACCCAGACUGGAGCUGCAGUGUGUACGAGUUGGACUCUGAAAGCCUCUCGUUUUUCGACACCGACGCACUGCCGCUCCUGGACCUUGCUCUGGUGCACAGAGACGCCAGUAGCCUACAACACAAUAGAUUAGAGAUUGGACCAGUGUGUUUUGCUGGUGGGUAGGUGUGUGUGUGCUGCAUAUCAUGUUGUGUGUACGUCUUCUGUCUGUAUGUAUUUGCAAUUUUCUCGAUCUCGCGCCC